AUGGUGAUGUUCUUUUAUGGUAACAAAGCAAUUGGAAUAGAUGAGGCUGAGUUCUGGGAGAAGAGCUAUCUUUUGAGACGAACGCAGUAUCAGAAGUUGGAUGUCGCUUACACCACUGAUCUUCAACCUUUAACAGAUGAUAAGAAGGAUGUAACAGGAAGAGAGUCCAUUUCCGUUUCAAUUUCUGCAAAAAGAAAAGAUCGGAAUGAGAGAGACCUUCAAGUUUGUCCUUUGUUUAUUAAGGACAUAGCUAAGUCAAUUAUUUCUGCUGGAAAAUCUUUGCAGCUGAGUCGACGUGCUCCCUCAGCAUGCUUAGCGGUAUUUGGUGAUAAUCAAGAGAUUGGGCAGAGCAUAGCUGCGAUUACUUUGUCAGAGAUCUUUUGUGUCUCAGUAGUAGCUCUUGUUGGCCAUGGUGAUCACAUCUCCAAAUGCUUUUGGGAAGAUGAAAGAAUUGUUUCCUUGUUUCACUCUUCUGUGGGAAAACAAAAACCACAAGUAACUGGAGAGAGCUUGCCAGGCGUAGCAUGCUCUGAGAAGAUUUGGUAUAAGUUAUUAGCUGAUACAUUUUCUAGGAACAGAGAGAUUGAUUUAACAUCUAUGCCUAAGGAUGCCAGCAAUUUUACUGAUGCUAAGGGAGAGAAUGUUGCUACUGUUGUUACAACUGAAGUGCCCCUUGUUAGAUCAUUCUGCCCAGAAAAUCCAUCUAUGACUGUUUGCCAAAGAUCACUUUGUGAGAAUAAGGAUGCUUGGAGCACAUUGAACUUGUCCAGAAACUUUUAUCUGCCCCCUUUAAAUGACGAGGGCUUGAGAAGGGCUAUUUUCAGUGGAGAUAGUGGACCGUUUCUGGUAGAUAAAGGAACGAAUUAUACUUUUGGUUUUCAGUUUGGUGAAUAUGAAUAUGCUCGCUCACAGGAGGACACAAAGAUGUUAGAAGGGUUAUUCCCAUUUCCAACUCUCCUUCCAUCGUUUCAGGAGGACCAUCAUAUGUCAGAGUUUUUACCAUUUCAGAAGAACAGCACCCUUCCUUCAAGAAUUCUUAGCUGGAUUCAAAGUGUUGAGCUGAAAGCUACUCUACUUCCUGUGGUUAUUCUACAGGAAUGCCUUAUUGUCUACAUCAAGAAGCAGGUUGAUAAAAUUGGUGGAAAUAUAUUGUCAAAGUUACUUUAUGACUGGAGAUUGAUGGAUGAGCUGGGAGUGUUGCGUGCUAUUUUCCUGUUAGGUUCAGGUGAUUUACUGCAGCACUUCUUGACUGUGGUUUUUAAUAAGUUGGACAAGGGAGAAUCCUGGGAUGAUGAUUUUGAGUUGAACAUGAUAUUACAGCGACAAAGCGAUCGCCUUGGUCGCCUUAUUGAAGCUCGCUUCGUCUGGGCUUUGCCAGGCGAGCUGGGUUCGUUUCGCCCAGGCGAAUCAAUUAGGAACUCUGCUGACAGCAUACUGCUAAGUGCACCAGAUUCGCUGGUUGUCUCUAUCAGCAAAAAUAAUAGUUUAUGUGGUGAUGAGCAACAUGAUGCAUCUAUCCUUGUCUCAACGCCUCGGAAAAGUCGUGCGCAGAUCUUUGGAAUUGAUGGGCUUGAGUCACUGAAGUUCACAUACAAGGUCUCUUGGCCACUCGAACUUAUUGCUAAUACAGAAGCAAUUAAGAAGUAUAACCAGGUGAUGAGUUUCUUAUUGAAGGUCAAGCGUGCAAAAUUUGUUCUGGAUAAAGCUCGGAGGUGGAUGUGGAAGGAUAGAGGCAUUGCAACAAUCAGUCGCAAGCACCACUGGUUAGUGGAGCAAAAAAUACUCCAUUUUGUGGAUGCUUUUCACCAAUAUGUGAUGGACAGAGUAUAUCACAGUGCAUGGUGUGAACUUUGUGAAGGUAUGGCAGCAGCUGGAUCAUUGGAUGAAGUCAUUGAAGUGCAUGAGGCCUACUUAUUAUCAAUCCAGCGACAAUGCUUUGUUGUUCCGGACAAGCUGUGGGCAUUAAUUGCUAGCCGGAUCAACAGUAUCCUUGGAUUAGCUCUGGACUUCUAUUCCAUACAGCAGACACUAAGCAGUGGUGGAGCUGUUUCCGCCAUCAAGGCUAGAUGUGAAAUGGAAGUGGAUCGGAUAGAGAAGCAGUUCGAUGAUUGCAUAGCCUUCCUCCUGAGAGUCCUAUCUUUUAAGCUCAAUGUGGGGCAGUUCCCUCAUUUAGCAGAUUUGGUCACUAGAAUCAACUACAAUUACUACUACAUGUCUGACAAUGGAAACUUGAAAACUGUCCCUGGAUCUGAGACCGUUACUUCUAAGUUGGGGAAGGCCUUUCCGGUCAGAGCAGACUGA